UGAAGUCCACAAAUCCCUGGAUUAAAUGAUCCCUGCCGUCCCUUCCACUCUCCAAUUAUUGUGACUCUCUUUCGCUGUUUGGUUUCAUACGAUGCCCUCAGCAAGCAAAUUAUCUAACCCAGAUUUUAGGACGCCACUUCCGGACUUUCAGGCUAGGUGCUGCUAGGCAACUGAGGCGCUCGGCCGGUGGGAAGGAAAAGUAGGGACUCUUUGAGACGGCCGUUUGCGAGGCUUGAGCAGGGAUGAAGUUUACAGAUUAUUGUCUCAGCUCCGAGGGAGCCGAUGUUAUUUUAGCAACAUCCAGUGAUGAAAUGUACCCGGCGGAAAAUAUCAUUGACGGGCGAUCUGAAACUUUUUGGACCACAACUGGGAUGUUUCCUCAGGAAUUUAUUAUUUCCUUUCAUAAAUGUGUGACCAUUAGCAAACUGACAAUUCAGUGUUACUUAGUGAAGAGAUUACGCAUUGAAAAAAGUGUAUCUAAAGAUCCAGUUGAUUUUGAAAAAUGCAUUGAAAGAGAGCUGCAAUGUAAAGAUGGGGAACUACAAACAGAAGAUUUUUCUUUUCCUGAGAUCCAAGCUACAUAUCUUCGAAUCAUCAUUUUAUCUGCUUCUGAUGCUUUUGUGUCAGUUCAUAGGGUAAUAGCAGAAGGACUAUCGCACAAAAGUUAAAUUCAGUAUUCAGAUUAUAACACAUUAAACAUUAAGCCUUUUUAAAAAUGUAGCAGGCAUUAAUGAUUCUUUAAGUACACUAACUGCAGCUGGUGUUUAAUCUUUUCAAUGGAAAUUUGUUAAAAAAUUUCAACAAUGAGCAUUAUUUAAAUUGAUAAUAUUUAUAUGAUGAUGUACAGUAUAUUAUAGAUGAAAUAGCGUAAUAAACAAGAAUUCAUCAAACCCUC